ACAAAGGGACUCGCGAAAAUGCAGUUUGCGCUCGUCACGAUGCGACAUAUGUGGCGGACAAUUCGUCAUCCCGUCGCCGCGGAUCUUUGUCUCUUUUUGCAUCCUUUUUUGCCAUUUAUUCGACGCGUUUCCCGGGUCCCUCGUCAUUGCCAUCGAAUGUAACGCGUGCAUGAUAAUGUGAAUUCCACUGAAUGAUUGAGAUCCAAUCCACUACGAUCUGACAAAUUUGCACAGUCGAUCCGGCUUUAAUGAAGGCGUCGAGACGUUAAUAGUCUUAGCGAACCGGACGAAUAAAAGAGCAGUUGGCCUGCGUCCACGUGAAUUAAGUUCCCGCGAUUUAAUGAAGCUCCACACAGUCCAGAUAGACCGGAGUCUCUCGCGGAAUUUUUAUCCCGGGAUCUGAGCGGGAGUAAUCGGAGUAUAAAACUCACAACGUCCGAGGACAGAAAGGAGAAGAGAAAACACGCGCUACCACGUAGCCCUCCGAAAAUUCUAUCAAGCCGGUGCAGCCGUCUCGUCGAUCUCCUCGCCGACGUUCUCUUCUAUGGUUUACGAUCGUGCGCGCGCGCGGUGUAGUUUACUCUUCCAGAUCAUGAGGCCACCAUGAGGACCGCGAAAAUCGGACUAGCUGGCGGCGGCCGAUAAGCCGUCAUAAUGGAAAUAAAUCGGAAAGUGCAUCAGCUCGUGAAAGGGUGCGCCGUUCGGACCUUCGCGUAACCCCCAUGAAAAAGCUUCUGCGCAAGAACGAGCUUCACCAGCUAUAAAAGCCCUCACGAGACUCAUCCGCUUUCCAGUCACGUUUAGGGCUGCCUUACAAGUGACGAAAAAAAGAAGAGGUAUUCGAGAGAAGUAUCCGUCGCUACUUGAAAUACGUGCGUUUGUCAGAGCAAGGUGAAAGAGAAAAGAAGAGAGGGAUAGAGAGAGAAAGAAAUUCGAUCGCGGAAUUUAUCGACAUUCGAGAAAGAUCUUCGUCUGGUUCUCGGGCGAAUAGAAUGGCAGCACACACGUAGAAGCUGUCCUGAAAAGCGUACUCUCUGUGCAACGUGCUCUCAUUCGGCCAAUUUACUUUUCCAUCCUUUCUCGUUUGUGUGCGGAAGACGUGCGACCAAUCUCAAAAUUUCGCUCUAUAUAUCUCACACUCGCACUUGCGCGCUCAGCGCCGACAUCGCAUUCCGGAUUUAACAGCGACAUUAUUCGCUAUCGAGAGAGAGAGAAAGAGAGAAGAAAGCGACCCGGAAAAUAUAUAUUACGGCACCUAAAUCUCUCCUAAGGACUCGCACAAAUCUUGAAAAUUCUGCGCUGUUCUUGUAAAUUUAUUCGAGCACCUGCCGUGAGCACCCUGUCGUUUGCCAGUCUCCGCGUUUCUUAAAGAACAUCCGUCAAAGACGUGGUUUAAAGACAUAAACGCGAUUUCAAGAGACAAGUCCCUCGAAGUGUAUCGCGCGCGCGGCCGUGCAUGUGUGUGUAUGUGUGUGUGAGUAUGUAUACGCGCGUGAGCGCUUGUCUGUGAGUAGAAUAUCUCCUCGGAGAGGAUCGAUGAUCAAGGAUGAGACUGGGCGACAUGUCGAACAGCCGCAUAAUCACCGUCGCGGUGGUUUACCUGAGCCUCUUCCUGGAUAAUGUCCUGUUGACGGUAGUCGUGCCGAUUAUUCCCGAUUAUCUGUGCACGCUCGACGCGAAUACGACGACCGCGACGAGCGCCGAGAAGGAGGAAGACGAAAACGGCAGGGUGGGAUUACUAUUGAGCUCGAAGGCUCUGGUCCAAUUAAUUUUGAAUCCGGCCGUGGGGACCCUCACCGGCAACUUGGGCUACGCCAGACCUCUGUUCCUAGGGAAUCUCAGCCUCCUGUUGGCUGCUUUAUUGUUCGCCUUUGGGCAGACUUACGAAGUGCUGUUCUUAGCCCGGAGUGUUCAAGGUAUAGCGUCGGCGUGUAUAGCGGUCUCGGGCAUGUCCCUCGUCGCCUCUCAGUACCCCGAAGAAGAUGAGAGAUCCAAGAUCAUGGGUUUCGUUCUGGGCAGCAUCGCGCUGGGUGUUCUCUUGGGCUAUCCCGUCGGUUCCGUGUUGUAUGAUCUCGAAGGGAAAAUGGCGCCCUUCCUGUUGAUAUCCACUCUCAUCGUUAUCCUGAUUUGUCUGCAAAUCUUCACACUAGACAUUCAGACUGAGGUGAAGUCGCCGAACGACCAAGAGCAAGGCACUUGGAUGCACUUGCUGUCUAAUUCGCAUAUCCUCAUCAUCUCCGGCGCGAUUUGGUGCUCGACAUCGCCGAUAGCGAUAUUGGAACCGUGCUUGCCAAUUUGGCUUCGGACUCACAUCAAACCCAAGAAGUGGCAACUGGGAACGGUGUUCAUACCAGACAGCGUAGGCUACUUAAUCGGGACCAACUUCUUCGGCAUGAUUGCGUACCGCUAUGGUCGCAGUAAAGUGGCGAUCCUGGCAAUGUUCUUGGUCGGCGUGAACGCCGUUCUGAUCCCGUCGGCGAGCACGAUGUCGCAGCUGAUAUUCCCGCACCUCGGGAUGGGUCUGGGUAUCGGCGUCGCCGACGCAGCCUUGGUGCCGUUGCUGGCCAGCUUGGUAGACCGGAACGGCAACUACGGGCCCGUUUAUUCGAUCCAACAAGUGGCCGUCAGUCUAGCUUACUCCUUGGGACCUAUCAUGGGCAGCGAAAUGGUCAAAGCCAUCGGCUUUCCAUGGGUCAUGCGAAUCGUGGGCAUUGUGAAUAUAGCGUACUGUCCAUUAUUGAUAUAUCUCACGUUGGAGCGAAGGAAACUGUUGACCAAGACGCAAGAGAAAAAGGACUACGACACGUUCCAGAAAUCUAUCGCGCCGUAUGAAAUAUUUCACGACUCCGAUGACGAUCUUUGACGGUAAAUAACAACCGCAAACCGACGCCAAUAAAUCCAACAGCUAGGUGGGUCGUUAAAAAAAAUACGUGGCCUGCCCUUAUAGAAAUAUCAUACUAAGAAUCAUUGAUAAUUACUUAUUAUCCAGUAUUUUUAAUACUGAAAAUAAGUAAUUUUCAAUUAUUCUUAGUAUGAUAUUUCUAUAAGGGUGAUACAGAAAUAGCGCGUGAAUUUGACCAAAUCUUCCCGAGUCGAAAUUCUGAUCCUACUUUCAGCUUCACUAUUCCAUUCAACCCAUAUUUUGAUACUCUGAAAUCUACAUCAACCUCUUUUGAUUCUACUUAAUCUACCCGAGUCGAAAUUUUGAUCUUACUUUCAGCCUCAGUAUUACAUUCAAUCCCUAUUUUAACGCUAAAGAAAGUAAAAAAGGAAAUUUCAAACAUCAUCCGAGUCAAAGUAAGAAUAAAUUAUAUCAUUAGAAUAAAUUGUAUCAUUAAACUUACUUUGCCAACUUAACUCCUACUACGUUGUAGAAUUUAAGGUUUAACAUAGAACCAAAACUUCGACUCGGGUUUAUCUCAGAGGUAUAUUUUAUUACUUUAUUUAAGUAUGACACAGUACAGAAUGAUCUGUCGAUUGAUUUUUGUUUAGCAGUGUACCAAAAUGACCUCCGCAAGAGAUGGGUCCUGCAUAAUUCAGUCAGACCAGUAAAGACUGAACUGAACAGUUUCCUUGUUUCUCCUUUUCGCCGCAACUCGACGGACUUUCAGCACCGAUUUAUAAUUAUUGACGAAAGUGGGUCUACCACUUCACUCGAGAAACAAAAUAACAAUCAAAGUAAUGAACACUCGAGGCGUUCACUUUGACGGACUCUAACAAAGACUAAUCGACAGAUCACUCCAUUCUAUCACAUUCAUAGACAUAGUAAGAAUAGACCGAGCAUGUUCUCUACUAGUGAAAAUCAGAUAGAAAAGAACAGAAAGCAGGUACCGUAUAGCUUUCUCUUUCUAACUAGGAAGGAAUAAGGGAGAGAAAUACACGACAUCUUCCGUCUCUUUCUACCUGAUCUUCAGGUUUUGCGUCUCAUGCUCAAUCUAUUCUUAUGUCUAUGGUCAUCCUCAACCUAAUAAAAAGUAACUUUGAAAAACAUAAUUAAUGAAAAUUGAUAGUAAUGAAAAUUCAUAAGUAAUGAAAAUUCAGCCAAAUUCACACUAUCUCUAUAUUAGAACACGUACUUUUUGAACAAUCCACGUAAUUACGAAUCCGAAGUUGAACGUUGAACUAUUGCAUUUUCCGAUGCGUGUUAAAAUUGUUUCCCUUAUAUCUUGAAAGUAGAGUAGUGAUGAAGUAUUUUAAAAUAUAUCUCCUUAUGAAAAUUAUAUAUAAGUUCAAGACGAGUUAUAAGAGACGAGUCCUCCAUUAAAAUACCUAAAUAUACAUGGUAACAAAAUUUUGUGAAAUUUUCAACUUAUAGUCAUAUCAAUGAAUGUGUUUUGGAGGUUUUCCUUUGAAAAGUACAUCGAUGUAGAUAUAAAAUGUAUACCACGAUGAAUAGCAAAAGCUUAUCUCUAUUAUAUGAAACGUCUAAGAGAAGGUAAAAGUUCAAAUGCCUGAAUAUUAAUAAUACUGGUAACCAAACUCUGAACAUUCUUACUGUUUUAGCGUUUAAAU